AUGUCUUUAGAGCCUAUCCCCAGCUUCAAGACCAGAGAAGCAUUUUGGAAUGCUCGGACGCCAGAAAUGUUACUGGAGGCAGGGAGCGACUCUCGACGUGUGCUCGAAGCUUGCGAUGAAGAAAUCGCUCUCGUGAAGGACUUUGUCUUGGGCCAUUUUCGAAAGCAUGAACUCAGGGAAAUGUAUUGGAAACCGCUCGGUCUCUCUAUGGUCCCGAAACAGUUCUACGGUCCUGAGACCGCCAUCGCAGAGAUCUUCAUUCGAGACCUCUGUGAAUAUCGCAACGCGUCUCUUCCGGUCUCGUCUAUUCCCUCUGAGCUCUUGUCUUGCAUUUUCGGACAUCUUCUUCCUGUCAUCGGUCCGCGCCACUAUCGUUCCACAGACGAUGACAUGUCAGAGCGCCACGACAAAACUAGGAAUCAGAUCGCCGACGCCACGCGAGAUCUCAUCUCUGCGACCCACGUCUGCCGUCGAUGGCGUAACGUAGCAUUGGCGAACCCAACUCUCUGGACGUUCUUGUGGCUGGAUAAUCGCUCAUGGCUAAAGAGAAUGGUUGAGCGCUCCAAGAAUGCCCCUCUUAUCAUCAUGCAGACACUGGAUAGGUAUCUCUCGCAUGAUUAUAUCCGCGAUCUUUUACCAUGCUUGUUCCGUAGACUGCAACCUCGCCGCCUCAGUUUACAGCUAGAUCUGGGAUUUCGCGCUCUCGACAACCUCAUUUCGAUUCCUACUAUGCUGCUCCGACCAGCUCCGUCGCUAGAGAUCCUAGAGAUCGACGCUAUGCAUGGCGAAGGCCAUCUCAAGGACGUUACGGCUUUGACGCGUCAUCUCUGUCUUCCUCCAACAGCUUCUAUUGCCUAUGUUAUUGGCUUGCACGGCGACACCCUCGACGAUACCUUACUCUCUAGGCUUUCUGCUCUUAUCCUUCCUACGACCGAUGGCCCUCCCGUUGAGACGGUUGACAUAGCCUUCGCUCGCAAUACCGAACCCACCCCAGUGCACGAGAUGAGCUUCACCAUGCAGCUUUGGCACAAUCAAGACGAUGGGACCGUAACCAUGGACGAAUCGGGAAGAAGCAAACCUUCUUUCUCUGCCACCUUCAUCAUUACAGCACCACGACAACGCCCGGAAGACGCACCUGCUCCUUCUGUUGUCGAAAGUGUAACGGACGAUCUUGUCUACGUGCUCGACACGGUUCUAUCCCUUCUUCCUCUAGAUUCAGUUGAAGAGCUUCGUUGCACUGCGAUACCCAACAUGUCUCAAGAAGCUGGAGCUGUUCUUUCGCUCAAUAUGUGCGCUUGUGCAACCAUCUUGCCACACUUCUCGACAUCAGUGGUGACUCUCGUCCUAGAAAAUGGUGUUCAUGGUUUCAAUGGUCUUUUCGACGCCCUUGCAUCGGACCGGACUCUUCUCCGACGUUUGAUUACGAUUCAGCUCGUCGAGUGGGAGUUCGCCGUUCUGCUUCAUUCCUACACAGAUCGCCAGAGGCAUGCUUGGGGAGUGUUGAGCCUGUUCCAGGCCAACAAGCUGGCGGACGUACUCCGCGAUGUGGCUUCGGAUAGGGGUGUGAAACUCUUGGAGCUUUGCAAGUGCAAUAUUACCGAGUUCAUUGGAGAAGAGUUCGAAGGUAUCGCGGACAAGCUGGUUCUUACCGAAUGUUUUGCGAACUUCGAUUGA